AGGGAGGUGCACGUGUCUUUCCUCGCGUCUCACCUCUCUUGCUAGUGUCGAUACCCCUAAGAUACCCCUGAAUUUCCCUUAUUCCCCAGUGGUUUCUAGGGCUGUGUGGUGUUAGGUUGAAAGUUUAAGGCCCUAAGUUCCCCCCUGGCUAGUCCCCCUGUGGUUACCUGCCCCCUGUGUGUCUUAAAGUUGGAAAAAAGUUUAGGAAAAUGGAAACUUCUCUUACUGGGAAGGUUAAGUUAGUCUUACCUGUAUUAUGAGCGGCACAAACACCUGCAGACUACCGCGCGACUUGAAGGAUCCUGGCGUGAACUGAAGGUAACACAGACACGGGCGCCCCAGGGAUGUGCGGGCGUGCAGGAGCGAAGGACACGUAGGAGUGAGGGAGGAAACUGAGGAUUUGAGAGAAAGACUGAAAAAGGGAAAGUUUUUAAAGAAUGCAGGUCAACUCUCCUGUAUCACUCGCCCGUCUGUUUGUCCUCUUCACCUGGUGGCUGCUCGUGGCCCCCUCCUCCCCCCGCCAAGCAUUGUGGCGCCGCGUGGAGGCCGUGGAAGGGGGAGAAGCGGUGCUGCCCUGCCGCCUUGCCAGGGCCGCUGCAGGGGACAGGGUCUACGUCGUGCUGUGGUACAAGAACAACAACAUCGACCCUAUUUACAGCUACGACAACCGGCCGGGGCGCUUGGUGGGGCCGGAGCAGCGCCACACCCUGAGGAGUCGCCUGCUGGAGGGGCGCGCCACCUUCCGGCCCGGCCAGCUGCCAGCCCUUCACAUCCGCCCCGUGCUGCGUGCUGACCAGGCUAACUACACCUGCCGCGUUGACUUCCGUAUAGCCUCCUCCCGCCGCACCCACAUGACUCUGCUGGUGGUGGAGCCCCCAGAGCCUCCACAGCUUAGGGUGGAGGGGGAGGACUGGCCCCCUGCUAACCUCCUGGGGCCGCUGCAGGAGGGCGCCGUGGACCUCACCUGCACCGUGGUGGGGGGCGUGCCUCCACCUGUGGUCGUCUGGAGGAGGGAUGAAGAGGUACUUCAGGUGACGCAGGGACCAACAGGUGACGCAGGUGUGACGGUCAGCCGCCUGCAGCUCCCUCAUGUGACGCGGAGGUACCACAAUUCGCGCCUCACCUGCCUUACCUUCAACAACAACGUGACCCAACCACUGGAGGCGUCCGUCACACUCUCCAUGAACCUGCGGCCGCUCCUGACGAGGCUCGUGUCCCCCCCGGCAAGUCUGCGGGUGGGGCGCCGUUACGAGAUCACGUGCAUGGCCGCAGGUUCACGCCCACACCCCAAUGUCACCUGGACUCUCAGUGACGGGGGAGCCAGCGUCUACCUGUCUGCUGAGACCCAGCACGGCGUAAACAUGAGUUCGUCCCGCGUGUCUCUGCGCGCGUCGCGGCGCCACCACGGGCAACGGCUGUCCUGCACGGCGCUCAACCCACUCUUCCCUGAUCACCCGCUGGCCGACUCCCUGCUGCUCAACGUCACCUACCCGCCCGUGGCCUCGCUGGAGUUUGGUAGGGGCGCCUCGUCCACUGUAAGAGAGGGAGAAGAUGUUUAUUUUAAUUGCCACGUGGACUCCAACCCGCCUGUGUACAACAUCACGUGGCUGAGACGGGGGGACCCGAUAGAACAUUCCCCUGAGGUCGGCGUGCUGGUCGGGGGCCACAGCUUGGCUCUCAGGGGCGUGUCCAGACAUGAAGCGGGACCCUACGUGUGUUUGGCGUCCAAUGCUGAAGGGGAAGGUGCCAGUCCUCCUUUGGAUUUGGAAGUUAAUUACGCCCCUGUGUGUGUGGAAGACGGGACGGCCACGCAGGUGUACACAGCGGGCAUUGGGCAACCAGUCAACGUGUCCUGCCAAGUGAAGGCCUCCCCUCCCCAGGUGAAGUACUCCUGGGUGUUCAAUAACUCCAUCAGUUCCCAGAGACUCCCCGGGGAACAGGUGUUGUCUGCUGCAGAAGGCGGUAGUGCGGUUGAGUUUGUAGCGGGUUCUCGUCAAGACUACGGGACGCUGCAGUGCUGGGCGCAGAACACGGUGGGGAAGAUGACCCAGCCGUGUUUGUACCAUGUGGUGCCUGCCAGUCGGCCGGAGCGCCCCUCUGCCUGCGCUGUGGUAAACAAGACGUAUGACUCCUUGGCUGUGGCGUGUGAGCCUGGCUUUGACGGAGGCCUCCCACAGACCUUCUCCGCCCGGGUGUACGAGGCAAUGACGGGGCGUGGACAGGUGAACAUGAGUGGGCCACACCCUCGCUUCACUCUGGAGGGCCUCACGCCGGGGCUGGACUAUCUUAUCCGAGUCAGCGCCCUGAACAGUCUGGGUCAUUCCCCUGAGGUGCGCCUGGAGGCCUUCACUUACAAGCUGGCAGCAAAUACAAUGAAGGAAAACAAGGUGGAGAAGAAGGAACAGAAAACGGAUCUUACUUCCUCGGGUGUGACAGUGGCGGUGGUGGUGGUGGUGGUGACGGCGGCGGUGGCGUUGAUGGCGGCUUUGGCGGGGGUGGUGGUGGGGGCCCGGUGGUGUCUGAAGGGGACCAGGAAGCCCCCGCCCCCUGCAGGAAUAAAGGGGGAUACGCCCCCCGCACAUCUGGGCAACUGA